GUGUUUGUGAGCUCAAAGCACCAUGAGUUACAGCCUGGACACUAUGCUGGGCGCCUCCUCUUACCGCAGGGCGCUGGGAGACCCACCAAGGAGCGGUGGUCCUCGCUCCAUGGCCAGCAGCGGGUUCCACUCCCAAACAUCAUGGUCCAGGAGCCCCGGCUCCAUCCUCUCCUCCUCCUACAAGCGGACCAGUGCUCCCAGCUACGGCUCUCAGCUCGCCUCCUCCACCGAGAGCCUCGACCAGGGAGCCCUGGUGGUGGUCAACGGGGACCUGAGGUCCCGCAAUGAGAAGGAGGUGCUCCAAGCGCUCAAUGACCGCUUUGCGCUUUACAUCGACAAGGUGAGGAACCUGGAAGUUCACAACCGCAACCUGGAGGCUGAGGCGGCGUCUCUCAGGCAGCAACAAGCCGGGAAGUCCGCUAUCUCGGAGCUCUACGAGCGUGAGAUCAAAGAUCUCCGCAAAGUGGUGGCUCAGAUGGGCAACGAGAAGACCCAGCUGCAGCUGGAGCAGGAACACCUGGAGGAGGACAUCCAGCACCUCAAACAGAGGUGCGAGGAGGAGAUCAGGGCCAGGGAGGAGAUGGAAGCUACCACCAGAGACCUCAACAAGUACGUGGAGGAAUCGGGGCUGACCAGACUGGACCUGGAGAAGAAGCUGCAGUUCUUGACCGACGAGGCUUCCUUCAUGAGGAAGAACCAUGAUGAGGAGGUCCAGGAUCUCCUGGGGCAGAUCCAAGGCUCUCAGAUCACCCUGGAGGUGCGGGACAGCCUGAAAUCCGACAUCACGUCUGCCCUCAGGGAGAUCCGAGCUCAGAUGGAGGGACAGGCGCUCAUGACCAGCAGCCACACCGAGGAGGUCUUUAAGGUGAAGUUGGACAAACUCAACGAGGCGGCCAAGGUCAACACGGCAGCCAUCCAUGCGGCGCAAGACGAGAUCUCCGAAUACCGCAGGCACCUGCAGUCUAAGAAUACCGAGCUGGAGACCUUGAAAGGCACCAAGGACUCGUUGGAGAGGCAAAGGUUUGAGAUCGAAGACCGUCACAAUGCAGACGUCUCCAGCUACCAGGAAACCAUUCACCAAAUGGAGAAUGAGCUGAGAAGUGUCAAGUGGGAGAUGGCUUCUCAACUCAGAGAAUACCAGGACUUACUAAACGUGAAAAUGGCUUUGGAUAUUGAAAUUGCAGCAUACAGGAAACUCUUGGAAGGUGAAGAAUCAAGGUUGAGUUGGUCAAGUCCGUAUCCUUACAUAGAAGCUCACCAUAAAAGUCCGACACGCCCAACCCAUACCAAAGCCAAGUUUGAAGAUAAAGUCAAGCAAGCUGAGAAGCUUGAAAAAGAGACGGUGAUUGUGGAAGAACUGACAGACGAAAUGACAAUUACAACAGAGGAAACCGAAGAGACUGAGAAAGCUGAAGAAACACAAGAAGAGGUUAAGGAGGGGGAAGAGGCUGAGAAAGGUGACAAAGCUGAAGGAGCGGAGGCUGAAGAAACCACAGCAGAAGACAAGGGUGAUGAAGGAAGUAAAACUGAUGAAGCUGGGGAAGAAGAGGAAGGUGCUAAGGCUGAAGAGUCUGAAGAGAAAGCAAAAUCUCCAGUGGAAGAGAGGAUCGGUGAAAAAGCAAAACCAGUGAAAGAGGAUGUCAAAGAGGAAGAGAAGGAAAAACCUAAAGAAAAGGAACCAGAGGUUAAAGAAGAUGAUAAGAAAGAAGAGUCCAAGCCAGAGGCCAAAGUGGAGGAAAACGAAGAGAGGAAAGCUACAACACCAGAACCCAAGGUUGAAGAGAGGAAAGCUACAACACCCGAGCCUAAAGCUGAGGAAAAGAAAGCUACAACACCUGAGCCAGCAGAGAAAAAAGCUACAACACCAGAGGCCAAAGCUGAGGAAAAAGAAGUGAAGAAAGCUACAACACCAGAACCCAAGGUUGAAGAGAAGAAAGCUACAACACCAGAGCCUAAAGUGGAGGACAAGGAAGAGAAGAAAGCAUCAAUACCAGAGCCCAAAGUGGAGGAAAAGAAAGCUACAACACCAGAGCCUGUAGAGAAAAAAGCUUCAAUACCAGAACCCAAAAUGGAGGAAAAGAAAGCUACAACACCUGAACCUAAAGUAGAGGAAAAGAAAGCUACAACACCAGAGCCAGAGCCUGUAAAGAAAGCUACAACCCCAGAGCCUAAAGUAGAGGAAAAGAAAGCUACAACACCUGAACCUAAAGUAGAGGAAAAGAAAGCUACAACACCAGAGCCAGAGCCUGUAAAGAAAGCUACAACCCCAGAGCCUAAAGUAGAGGAAAAGAAAGCUACAACACCAGAACCUAAAGUAGAGGAAAAGAAAGCUACAACACCAGAGCCAGAGCCUGUAAAGAAAGCUACAACCCCAGAGCCUAAAGUAGAGGAAAAGAAAGCUACAACACCAGAGCCAGAGCCUGUAAAGAAAGCUACAACCCCAGAGCCUAAAGUAGAGGAAAAGAAAGCUACAACACCAGAGCCUAAAGUAGAGGAAAAGAAAGCUACAACACCAGAGCCUAAAGUAGAGGAAAAGAAAGCUACAACACCAGAGCCAGAGCCUGUAAAGAAAGCUACAACCCCAGAGCCUAAAGUAGAGGAAAAGAAAGCUACAACACCAGAGCCUAAAGUAGAGGAAAAGAAAGCUACAACACCAGAGCCUAAAGUAGAGGAAAAGAAAGCUACAACACCAGAGCCUAAAGUAGAGGAAAAGAAAGCUACAACACCAGAGCCUAAAGUAGAGGAAAAGAAAGCUACAACACCAGAGCCAGAGCCUGUAGAGAAGAAACCUACAACACCCGAGCCUAAAGCAGAGGAAAAGGAAGAGAAAAAAGCCACAACGCCAGAAGCCAAGGUUGAAGAGAAGAAAGCUACAACACCAGAAGCCAAGGUUGAAGAGAAGAAAGCUACAACACCAGAAGCCAAGUCGGAAGAGAAGAAAGCUACAACACCAGAGCCCAAGUCGGAAGAGAAGAAAGUUACAACACCAGAGCCCAAGGUGGAAGAAAAACCUUCAAGACCAGACCCCAAGGUGGAAGAGAAGAAACCCACAACACCAGAGCCCAAAGAGCAGAAAUCCUCAGAGCCCGAACCCAAACCAGCAGAAAAACAGAAGGAACCCGAAAAGACCACAGAAGUUAAAGAAAAUGUAACAGAUCAAAAAUCGGAUAGUAAAAAAGAAACCAAGGACGAGACAACAGAAACAGUGAAAAAAACAGAGCCAAAGAAAUCCACCCCCGAGUUGACAAAACCUGACCUCGAUGAUGAUGAGGGGAAAGCAGCAACAGUGAAGACCGUCACAGAGUCAAAAUCUGAAGCGAAAGAGGAAGCCAAGGUUAAGGAUGACGAAGGAGGGAAGUCAGAGAAAUCUUCCAGCACGAAAGAGGAAGAAAAGCCAACUGACAAAUCGAAAAAAGCUUAGGAAAAAAAAUGAAGAAGGAACAAUUACAUGGGGGAAAAAAUCACCAAAGAUAUAUUGCACCAAGUGAUUGAUGUCAGGAAACUGCCAAGGUAACAUGGGACACCUGUUACGAAACUAGGGUCUAUGCGAGCAAUAGAUUUCCACGAAGAAAUGGACAAUUAAUUGCAUUAUGGUAACUUAUUUAACAGAAUGAGAUAAGAUGUAUGCAGAAUGUUAAAAUGUUUACACUUCAAGGGUGUAAAUAAUUACCCUGCCUCAAGUAAUAAGUGCAUUUAAAGUGUCUGAUCAUACCAGGUUAGAGAAUAUAUAUCACUUAAGGAUAAGAGUAUUUGCUGAAAUAACCCAUUGACUUGCAGUCUGGGCAAGCCAAUUGUGAAAUGAAGAUAACGAUUAAAAAAAAAGCGCCACAUCUUAAAUCUGAAACGUGCAGCAAAGCAAAUACUUGUAAUGUCAAUGAAGUGCGAUGUGCAAUAUAUAAAUAAAGAGCUUGACAGAUGCAAUGUGCCUCUGAAGUACAUGUCAGACAUAGUGCUAUUGUGACAUGCGAUUGAAGUAUAUGUAUACAGAUAGAAUCUACUAAUGACUGCAUUUCUUUGAAUAAAGCAAUAACAACUUU